GUUGGAGACCGGCCUGUACCGGGGAAGGAGCUGCGGGCUGCCGCUGGAACGGGGUUCGGGCGCCGGGUCUCACUCCGACCCGCCUAUCUGACAUCACUGCCCGCAGACGGCGCUGUGCUUGUCGGGUUCAUGCCGUCUGGAUACGGAGCGCAGGGCGGCGGGGUGACGGCAGGGCUGGUGGGGCGGUAGCUGCCGGGCAGGAUGCCUCCUGGAGUUUACUGCCCAGUGGACUUCUGGGCCAAAGAAGAGAAGCAGAGCAUCUCGGUGGAUUUCCUGCUUCCGACCGGCAUUUAUCUCAACUUCUCUGUGCCAUGCAGCGCCAGCCUAGGAAACAUCAAAAAGCUGCUAUGGCAACGGGCGCAGCAGGAGCCUCUGUUCCACAUGCUCAGCCGGCCCUCGUCGUACGUAUUCACCUGCAUCAACCAGACGGCGGAGCAGCAGGAGCUGGAGGACGAGCAGCGGCGGCUCUGCGACAUCCAACCCUUCCUCCCCGUGCUGCGGCUCGUGGCCAGGGAGGGCGACCGAGCCGAAAAGUUACUCAACUCCCAGAUCAGCCUCCUCAUUGGCAAAGGUCUCCACGAAUUCGACUCCCUCAAUGACCCGGAAAUUAACGAUUUCCGCUGCAGCAUCCGCCAGCUGUGCGAAGAGACGGCGGUUUGCCGGCAGCAAAUGGACUGGCAGGACUGGAUGGGGAAGAACUUUCCGCCCCAACUUGUGGUGGCUGCUAAGAUGUUACCCCGGGGAUGGACGUCCAGCAAAACGCUCAUGACUAACGUCAAGUUCGAAAGCAGCGAGCAAAGCUUCACCCUCCAGGUAUCGCCGAUGGACCCCCCCAUAUCCCUCAUCUCCUUGGCGCUGAAGAAAAAAUCCAACGUCUCCGGCCAGCCGUUCCUGGAGCGGCCAGAGGAAUACACCCUGCAGGUCAACGGGGUGCUGGAAUAUGUCUACGGAAACUACCCCCUGUGUCAGUUUACAUAUAUCAACGGCUGCCUGCGCCAAAACCGCACUGCCCACCUCACCCUGGUGUCCUUGUCGUCCACGAUACCGGACAAGCCCGGGGACUUCAUCAUCCCCGGCUCCAAACUGCGCCAGAAACCACCGCCGCUGCCAACCAAGAAGCCGCAUUACUUCUCGCUCUGGAAAACCGAGCAGCCGUUCUCCAUCCACCUCAUUCAAGGAAGCAACGUAAAUGCAGACGAAGGAUUAAAGCUCCUGGUCCAAAGCGGUCUGUACCACGGCAAUGAACUCCUGUGCAAAACCGUGGCCAGCAGUGAGGUGGACGCCACGUCGGACCCGGUGUGGAAACAGACCCUGGUGUUCGACAUCUCCGUGUGUGACCUUCCGCGCAUGACCCGGCUCAGCCUGGUGCUCUACACCGUGGACAAGUCCAAGAGGGCCAGGUCGACCAAGAAAAAAUCCAAAAAGGCCGAUUACCCCAUUGCCUGGGUGAACACCAUGGUUUUUGACUACAAGGACAUGCUGAAGUCUGGGGAUUAUUCUCUCUGUAUGUGGUCCUCGUUUCCAGAUGAAAAGGGGGACCUCCUGAACCCGAUGGGAACCGUGCAGUGCAACCCGAACACGGAGAGCGCGGCCACCCUGCUGAUCUCCUUCCCCGUGUUCGAGCACCAGGUGUAUUAUCCCUCCAUCGAUCAGAUCCUCGAGUUGGGAAGAUGCAGCGGAGUUUCCAAAACGACCCCCAGUGAGAAGGAGCAGCUCGAGGAGAUCGUGGAGCGCAAGGGACAAACCGAGUUAUACGAACACGAGAAGGACCUGGUGUGGAGAUUGCGUUACGCGAUCCGAGAUUCCCACCCCGAGGCGCUCUGCAAAGUGCUCCUCGCCACCAAGUGGAACCGGCACGAAGAUGUCGCACAGAUGGUGUACUUGUUGCAGUCCUGGCCGGAGCUCCCCGUCCUCGCGUGCCUGGAGUUGUUGGACUUUAAUUUCCCCGACCGCUACGUGGAGUCGUUCACCAUCAGCUGCCUGAGGAAGCUGACGAACGACGAGCUCUGUCAGUAUCUCCUGCAGCUGGUGCAGGUCCUGAAGUACGAGUCUUAUCUCGACUGUGAACUAACGAGGUUUCUCCUGGAGAGAGCGCUGAUCCACCGCAAGAUCGGCCACUUCCUGUUCUGGCAUCUUCGCUCGGAGAUGCACGUUCCUGCCGUGGCCGUCCGGUUUGGCCUCAUUCUCGAAGCUUAUUGCCGGGGAAGCAACUACCACAUGAAGGUGCUCAUGAAACAGGGGGAAGCGCUGACUAAACUGCGGGGUCUGAAUGAGUUUGUGAGAUCCAGCGUGCAGAAGACCGGCAAACCGCUGGCCAAGGAGGCCAUGCACAUGUGCCUGAAACAGGAGAACUACCGCGAUGCCCUCUCACACAUCUACUCCCCGCUGGAUCCCAACCUCAUACUUACCGACGUAUGCGUGGAUCUUUGCACCUUCAAGGAUUCCAAGAUGAAGCCCCUUUGGAUCGUUUACAACAAUGAGAUGUCCGGCGGGAGCCGCAUCGGGAUCAUGUUUAAGAAUGGAGAUGAUCUGCGGCAGGACAUGCUGACCUUACAGAUGAUUCGGCUGAUGGACUUCUUAUGGAAGAGGGAAGGUUUGGAUCUCCGGGUGACUCCUUACGGGUGCCUUUCAACGGGGGACAAAACCGGCCUUAUUGAGGUUGUCAUGCGUUCCGACACAAUCGCCAACAUCCAGCGCAACAACAGCAACAUGGCGGCAACGGCGGCGUUUAACAAGGACGCCCUCCUGAACUGGCUGAAGAGCAAGAAUCCGGGGGACGUCUUGGAACACGCGAUCGAGGAGUUCACGCUCUCCUGCGCUGGAUAUUGCGUCGCUACGUAUGUUCUCGGUAUCGGGGACAGACACAGCGACAACAUCAUGAUCCACGAAACCGGCCGGCUCUUUCACAUAGAUUUUGGGCACUUCUUGGGUAAUUUUAAGACCAAAUUUGGCAUCAAGCGAGAGCGCGUCCCCUUCAUAUUAACGCACGACUUUGUGCACGUCAUCCAGCAGGGGAGGACAAGCAACAGCGAAAAGUUCGAGAGGUUCCGUGUCUGCUGUGAAAGCGCUUACAUGAUCCUGAGACGUCACGGCGCCCUCUUCCUCAAUUUGUUUGCACUUAUGAAAGCCGCGGGUUUACCGGAGCUCAGCUGUUCAAAAGACAUCCAGUAUCUCAAGGACUCCUUGGCGCUCGGUAAGAGUGAAGAAGACGCCUUAAAACAUUUCCAGAUGAAAUUCAACGAAGCUCUGAGGGAGAGCUGGAAGACCAAAGUGAACUGGUUCGCCCACAAUGUGUCCAAAGACAACCGCCAGUGA